AUGGAUGAUAAUCAUGAGGAGGCUGAUGAGGAAUUGCCCAAGAAAGCAAAAUUUUUCUUUAGCGCAGCAGUGCAGAUGUGGGAUGCAGAGUUUUACAUUAAAGUUGAUGACAAUGUUGAUCUGCAACUUGAUGAUUUGAUUCAACUUAUACAAAGCCGCCAUGGUCAGGAUAGUGCUUAUAUUGGUUGCAUGAAGUCUGGGGAAGUAGUAGCUGAAGAGGGAAUGCAAUGGUAUGAGCCUGAAUGGUGGAAAUUUGGUGAUCAGAAAUCGUAUUUCCGUCAUGCAGCUGGUUCUAUCUUCAUACUCUCAAAAAAUUUAGCUAAGUACAUACAUAUCAAUAGUGCAUCCUUGAAGGUUUAUGCUCACGAGGAUGUAUCCGUGGGGUCAUGGAUGAUGGGUCUUCGCGCAACCUAUAUAGAUGACAGCCGUAUGUGCUGUAGUUACUCAAGCCAAGACAAGAUCUGCUCGUUGGCUUGAAGUUACAGUGAGACGAGCCUUUGCAGCAGCGCUACUGUUGGGAUACAUUUUGUGCAGAGAAACAGAGGAACUCAUGGAUCUUUAGUUAGUACCAUUCUUAUUUUUUGUUAGCUGCCGCAUCUGCCAAGAAUGUCGGUUUUUAUACCUCAAAAACUCGUAACUGCAUAGAAAGAUAUAUCUGAAUUAGGUGGAUUGCUCUGGGAAAAUUGCUCACCCAGAAGCAUGUUCAGUAUAGAACUAUAGAUACAUACAAUACAUACAUAUUUGUCACAACAGAGGCUGGCACACACAGUUUUCCAAAAGAUAUAUAUAUUCCUUUUGUUUCUUAA